UGGGUUACGGCUCAAGGUUUCAGAACCUCGCUCCGGAAGGAAAGGUGCGGUGCGCCACUGCUUCGGUGGGGAGCCCACUACGAGCUGCCGUGGGGAAGGGCCUUUCGCUCGCGAGUCUCCGAGGACCCGGCGAACGCCCCGGCCUGUAACGAACACUGGCGUGUUUUCUCUGCGGAAUCGCCAAGGGAGGGCAGACCCUUCUUUCUGUGUCUUUGUGGACAGAAGUCUGAGGGUUAAGAACGAGUCGCUAAUAAGAACCAUAUGAGCAGCCUGUGUACUGAGCUGAAAACCUGACCCGAGUACCCCGGGCCACGUUUUACAUACCAAAGUCUUGAGUAAGAGCCUGGCUUCUGAGAUUUACCUUAUAUGUUCAACAGAAACUCCCAAGAACACAGACCACUGAGGGUUUAAGUCAACAGCAGAAAGGCAAUCAGAUGGAUUUUUUUUUUAAUUCAAAAGAAAGGACGAUUUGGGAAAGAAAAAAAAAGCUGAAGCUCGACUCACUUUACCUUAAUCAUCUGUACAAGCUUGAAAGAAUGUGUAAAAGCAUGAUCUCAGCAGCCCACCCUGCCAAGAGACACAAACCCCGGUGCGGCGGGAUGAAGCAAAUCCUUGUUAGUCCUGGGAGGGGAGCGGAGAGGGGAAAUUUCUAAGGGGACAAAAUAAAACUAGGGCAGCCAGCAAGGGCCAGAGUACCCUGCCUUAAACACCAGGCCCACUCUCCUUCCUGGAUGAGCUACAAACUGACCAGGCAGGGGCCAUGGAUGUUAAAGUUUCCGAGGGUCCACGGCUCUUCGUCCUCGUGGAGCAGUGGCUGGAGGGGCUGGUGGGGAGGUGCUGAGACGGGGUUCCCUUGGGUUUUUGGGGAGGGAGAGGAGGUCCUCACAAGAGGUAGCUGGCUCACGCAUGAGUCGUCACUUCUGGGAGUUUAUUCAUUUGGGGGGAGAUUUAGUCGCCACCUAAGGUCCCUCCAAGUCCCAACCUUUAAGAUUCCUUUGUUUAGGUGCGAAUGAAGCCGUGUGGGAAGCCCAUUCCCGGGGCAGAGCAGAGAGGGGAAAGGAAGGCCUACGUGUUUAUUAGACCAAGUUGCGGAUGGGUCUAGCUCUGCUGCUAUAAAAAUCUAGCUUCCCCUUAAUUUUAACUAGAACAAGGAGUUCCACUUUCUGGUGGCCAUUAACUUGGAAAACUCAUGUGGAAUGGGAAUAAAAAUAUAAGCAGUAAUCAGUACAGCGUCUCAUUUGGUUUUUCUGGUGACCAUUGGGAUUACAGGAAAUGCUUGCCACACCUCAAACCCCAACUGAGGGGGGAAAGGAAGAAGGAGACCGCAUAAAUUGACCAGGGCUUGGAAGAUUUUUAUUUGCAUUCGUAAUGUUUUUCUGGAAAAGAAACAUAUCAUUUAAUCCAACCCAAAUGUUACUAAAGCAAAUUAUAUUUUUGCUUAAAUUGCGACAGUAUUUCAAAGGACACCCCUGACUGGGGACAGAGUUACUGUGGAUUUUUAGGAGACACGGUUACAGAUUUCAGGAAUUUCUGAUUCAUUCAAAGGAUUUGCAAAUUCAUCACCCACUGAAAACUAAAGCAAAAUCAGGCACAAGAACAUGAGUUUUCUCGGUCGACUCUGGAUCAUUUUCUGCUUUCUCGAAGUCACCGUGUAUUGUCAGUACGCCAUGUACCAGAUGGACGAAGACUACGACGAAGAGGCCGACGACGAAUAUUCACCCGCGUUUUAUUUUCACUCCAAUCAAGAUUACGACAUUUCCUCUCACCGAAAUCCCCUCGGCUGUGCCGCGGAAUGCUUCUGCCCCCUGACCUUUCCGUCCGCCAUGUACUGUGACAACCGCAAGCUCAAGACGAUCCCAAAGAUCCCGACGCACAUCGAACAGCUCUACCUCCAGUUCAAUGAAAUAGAAGCCGUGACGGCCCAUCCGUUUGCCAACGCUUCCAACCUGAAGGAAAUCAACCUCGGCCACAACAAGAUCAAGUCUCACAAGAUCGAACGCGGCGUGUUUGCCAAGCUUUCCAAUCUCUUACAACUGCAUCUGGAGCAUAACGACAUGGAAGAUUUCCCAUCUCCUCUUCCUAGUUCUUUAGAAAAACUUCUUCUUGGUUACAACGAGAUCUCUAGAGUGGAGGCGAAUGCCAUCGAAGGCCUGAUGAACCUAACCACGCUGGACCUCUGCCACAAUCGGCUUCAAGACUCUUCCUUAAGAGAAAACUUUUCCCAAAUGAGCAAACUGGCGCAACUCAACUUAGGUAGUAACAGAUUAGAGUCGAUGCCCCCGGACUUACCUUCCUCGCUCAUGCAUCUCUCUCUAGAAAAUAAUUCCAUCUCUCUCAUCCCGGACAAUUACUUCCAAAGGUUCCCCAAGCUUCUCGCUCUAAGAAUGUCGUCCAACAACCUGCGGGAGGUUCCCUAUGACGUUUUUAACAUUUCCAGCCUCAUAGAGCUCAACGUGGGACACAACAAUCUGAAGCAAGCGUUCUACAUCCCGAGAAGCCUGCAACAUCUGUACAUGGAAGACAAUGACAUCGAAUACAUAAAUGUCACCCUGAUGUGUCCCCGAAUUGACCCGACGCAUUACCACCACUUAACCUACAUUCGUCUGGACCAAAACAGGCUAAAAGAACCAAUUAGUUCCUACGUGUUGUUCUGCUUCCCUUACAUCCACAGUAUUUAUUACGGGGAACAAAAAAAACCCGACGGGCAAAUGAUACUGCUGAGGACCCAAGUGUUCCGCAGGUUUCAGGAAGAAGAAGAAGAAGAAGGAGAUGGAGGGAAUGAGCCUGAGGGGCAGGAGCGGGGAAGAACGGAGGAGAACUUUGAUCCUUACUUCUACUAAAUUCAGUAACUACAAAAACCCGGAGCUUUAUGUUGCUCCUUUCCUCAGGCUUAACAGCCAUUCCAGAUGUCGAUGAUACUAACAAAUAAACCAAAACCAGCUUUGCA